AACAAGAGAUUUGGAGGUUAUAAAAAUGAUGCAAAUCGGUAUCAAUCAAAUAAAAUAAAUAAUUUAUUGAAAUUUGUGCCAUUUAGAAAUGUCUAAACUGCGAAACAUAUUACAGACAUUAUACUGGCGCUACUACAGUCAGAAGUCACACAAGAAAUUGCCGAUAAUAUCGUGUAAGCGGCCAGAAUAUAACCACUUUGAGGGACAAUCUUAUAGUAAAUUCGACGGCGUAAAAUUGGCCUCCUCGGGUUGGUUGCACGCUAAAUCUAAAGGCGAUUAUUUCACAAUAUACGGGGAUGCGAACAAGAAAGAAGAGAAAGAUGUAUUUAAGAAAAGUUUCAGCGAUAUAGGCGUCAAGCAGGAGCUGAUCGAGGUUUUGGUAGCACAAGGCUACGAGUUGCCGACGGCUAUCCAGGCGAAAGCCAUCCCGUUCAUUCUUGAGGGAUAUAACACUGCCGUGACAGCGGAAACUGGUUGUGGCAAAACUUUGGCCUACCUUUUACCUAUUUUCCAGCAUGUUUUGGAUUGGAAGCAAUGUGUUAAAAAUGAAUUCAACAGUCCCUUAGCUGUUGUUAUUACGCCGAGUAGAGAACUAGCAACACAAAUUGGAGAAGUUGCCCAAAACAUAGCCCAAAACCUAAAUUUGAAUGUCACAACUCUGGUUGGUGGACGAACCAAGCAAAAGAUGCUAAACCCACCUAUAGAAUAUUGUGAUAUCCUGGUGACCACACUGGGAGCAUACAGCAAACUGGUCACUACUGGCAUUUACAAGAUUCACAAUGUGCACCACAUGGUGCUGGACGAGGCUGAUACACUGCUUGAUGACAGCUUUAGUGGAAAAUUGUCACACUUGCUAAAGAAAUACCAGAUUCAAUUCAAAGUACAGCACCAGAUACCUCCAGUUGGUUGUCAGCUGACACUAGUGAGUGCAACAUUGCCGCAUGAAUUGCCUGACUCUGUCAGCGCGUUUGUGGAUCCUCAAUCUUUGAAGACAGUUACCACCUCCAGGAUACAUAGGAUACUGCCUCAUGUUCCUCAUAAAUUUCUUCGCCUUGGCAAAGCACAAAAACCAGUGGAACUGCUAAAACUAGUCCGAGCCGACGUCAACCUUAAGCGGCCCGUGAUGAUCUUUUCAAACCAGACACCUACUUGCGACUUUGUCGCCAUGUUUCUGAACGAGAAUGGCAUAGAAUGCGUCAACAUUAACGGGAAAAUGGCUAUUCCGCUGAAGGCGGGCAAGUUUGAAAUGUUCAAAUCGGGACAGGUUGAUGUGCUCAGCUGUACUGAUAUUGCGUCACGCGGAUUGGAUACUAAUAGAGUCCAGCACAUAAUCAACUACGACUUCCCCCUGUAUACGGCGGACUACAUCCACCGCUGCGGGCGCACGGGGCGGCUCGGCUCGGCCGGCGGUGCCAUAACCAACUUCGUGGCCUGGCCGCGCGAGGUGCGCCUCGUGCAGAAGAUCGAGGCCUCCGUGCGGACAGACAAAGAUCUGCCUCAUGUCAACGCGAAUAUCAGGAGAAUCAUCGAGGACAGGAUAGCUAAGAGUGCUGAUGCUGCUUUGAGAAGUUUGGCGUAAGAGAAACG